AUGACGUACGAGAUCCGCAUGUCCAACACGCGCGGCGUGCCGUAUUUCUACAAUACGAAGACGCAACAAUCGUCCUGGGAAGCUCCGAUAGAGUUCAGCAAGGAGCAGAUCUUCAUGCUUCCGGGCGCUCAUUACUUUCACACCUUUGGGGGCGGCGCCCGGCCAACGGAGGUACGCGCAAGUCAUAUACUGGUCAAGCAUAGCGGGAGCCGAAGGCCGUCGAGCUGGAAGCAGGCCCACGUCACUCGCUCGAAAGAAGACGCUAUCGCCAUCUUGAUGGACUUCGAGGCUCAGAUCAGUGGCGAUCCGGCUAAGUUCGCGGAGCUUGCUCGAGAGCACUCUGACGAUUCUUCGCAUAGGAAUGGGGGAGACCUUGGAGUGUUUGGUGCGGGCCAGAUGCAGAAGGCGUUUGAGGAUGCCGCGUUUGCGCUACGGGUCGGCGAGAUGAGCGGGGUGGUGAGCACUGAUAGUGGGGUACAUCUCAUCCUUCGCACGGCAUGA